CAACCGAAAAAAAAAAAAUAUAUAGAGUGGAUUUGAGAGAAGCAAGCAGCUCUUAUUUCUUUCUUUCUUCUUCUUAGUUAGUACUUAGUACUGUUGAUUCUCUCAUAUGUUUUUUUUUUCUAAUCAAUAAUCAAUAAUCAAUAAUCAAUCAGACUCCAGAAUACGUAGGAGAACAAGAAAGAAAGAAGUGCCCUCUGUCCUCUCUGAGAGUGCAAAAGUAGUAGGCAGUUUUGAGAGAGAGAGAGAGAGAGAAGAAGAAAGAAAUGGGGGAGAAUAUGGCGCACUCACCCUUGGUCACCUAUGUCUCCGUGCUCUCUUUACUUAGUCUCUGCCCUCCCUUCGUUAUUCUCCUAUGGUACACCAUGGUACAUGCGGACGGAUCUGUAUUGCAAACUGCCAAUUACUUGAGAGACCAUGGCAUCCAGGGCCUCCUUCAGAUUUGGCCCAAACCCACUACGACUGCUUGGAAGAUCAUUGCUUUUUAUGCUGCAUUUGAGGCUGCACUUCAGCUGUUUUUACCUGGCAAAAGGGUCGAGGGUCCAACUUCUCCUGCUGGUAAUAGGCCUGUCUAUAAGGCAAAUGGCUUGCAAGCUUUUGCUGUCACAUUGGUUACAUAUCUCGGCCUUUGGUGGUUUGGGAUAUUCAACCCUGUAAUUGUCUAUGACCAUCUUGGAGAAAUAUUUUCGGCUCUCAUCUUUGGAAGUUUAAUCUUUUGCUUGUUUUUGUACAUCAAAGGUCAUGUUGCUCCGUCUUCUACUGAUUCUGGAUCAUCAGGGAACAUCAUAAUCGACUUCUAUUGGGGAAUGGAGCUCUAUCCUCGCAUUGGCAAGAACUUUGAUAUAAAAGUCUUUACAAACUGCAGAUUUGGAAUGAUGUCCUGGGCAGUUCUUUCUCUUACAUACUGCAUAAAACAGUAUGAAACUUACGGGAGGGUUGCUGAUUCUAUGCUUGUCAACAGUACAUUAAUGUUGGUGUAUGUUACCAAGUUUUUCUGGUGGGAAGCUGGAUACUGGAAUACAAUGGAUAUUGCACACGAUAGAGCUGGUUUUUAUAUUUGCUGGGGAUGCUUGGUGUGGGUCCCGUCAGUAUAUACUUCCCCUGGCAUGUACCUAGUCAAUCAUCCCGUCAAUCUUGGUGUUCAGCUUGCUCUUUAUAUCCUUGUAGCUGGCAUUCUUUGCAUAUAUAUCAACUAUGACUGCGACAGGCAAAGACAAGAAUUUCGUAGAACAAAUGGCAAGUGCUUGGUUUGGGGGAAAGCCCCAUCUAAGAUUGUUGCCUCGUACACUACAACUUCGGGCGAGACAAAAACCAGCCUUUUACUGACAUCAGGAUGGUGGGGCUUAUCUCGUCAUUUCCAUUAUGUACCAGAAAUAUUAGCAGCUUUUUUCUGGACUGUGCCUGCUCUGUUUAGUCAUUUUCUUCCUUACUUCUAUGUAGUGUUUCUGACAAUCCUUCUCUUUGACCGAGCCAAAAGGGAUGACGAUCGAUGCAGAUCAAAGUAUGGGAAAUACUGGAAGCUAUAUUGUGAGAAGGAAGAAGGAAUUAUGUCUUCUGCGUAUGAGAAUGUGGUCGGAGGAAAGCUGAAACUGAAGGGAAAGGCCCUAGAUGUGAAGGCUGCUUCUGGGAUAAGGAAGAAGAAGAAUAAGAAGAACAAGCAGCUGGAGAAUGACAACAAGAAUCAUCAAUUGACUGAACAUUUCGACGACGACCAUGAGGCCGCCGCUGCCGCCAAGGAUAAUGACCUGCUUUCAGCUGGUGGAAGUACUGAAGAAUUAACUGAUCCCAGCCAAGAAGAAGAAGUUGGUGAUGCUAGCAAAUCUGCAGGAGAAAAUGUUGCUCGUUGGGAUGAUCAUCUUACCCCAGCUGAGAGACGUUAUGUCGAGCAAAGGGCUAAAAUUGACAUGCGUAGAUUGGCCAAGACAGCUAAUAAAUCACACCGUGACCGAAUUCAGGACUUCAAUCAGUAUCUAGCUAAUAUGAGCGAGCACUAUGACAUCCCUAAAGUUGGACCUGGUUGAGUACAGCAGCAGACUAAUAUAAGAGCUGAAAAUACCAUGUAGUGAUAAUCUUGCUUGUGAAACAAUUGUCUGAAAACGAAUGUUUCUUAGUUCGAGCUUCUUAAUAUGAAAACUCUCGCCUUCAUCUUGCUUUCCGUGGCA